UCUUUAUGCUGAGCCAGCAGAUGAACUUUACCAGUAUAUUACUGUACUUGAUAAUUACGUACAAUAAUUUCGGUCAGAUAUGAGCACAGCAAAACUUUUUUGCGGUCUCGAACGAAUAAAAAUGUAAGUUUUUCUCCAUAUCCUGUUCGCGUCUGACCACCUUUUUUUCAUGCUUGAAUUGGUUUAAAAAUGGUUCCCCAAAUUCCCCAUCAUCAGCAGUUGAAGAACUUUGGAACCCAUUCAAAAGUUGCAAAUGGACCGAAAGGCAGGUUCAAUCGGGAAAGUGCCAAGCAGGAAGAGAACCUUCGCGAGUACGAGAACCCGCACGGCGGUGACGCUGUUCGUGCCACUUGGAAGUCUGCCCGUGCCGGAACCAUACCUCAGCUACAGCGGACACCUUUUUUCUCUCCUGGCCUCUAUUCAACGUCUCGAGAAAUUCCCCUUCGAAAUUCUUGCCUUGGGAUUCGCGAGGGGCAUGACGAUGACGACGACGACGACGACGACGACGAAGAGCAACGAAAGGAAGGAGGAGACAGGAAACGCUAG